AUGACUAUUUUGCUCUUGGUACUUCCAAGUGAACCCAGUGAUGCUGAUGCUAGGAACGCCACUCGCCAUGCAGGGCAACUGAGCACUAUUGAUGAAGGAAUAUUGACAGGCACCGUAACAUUUGGAGGCCCCAGUGAGAAUCCCUCGGCGUUUGCUGAGGUUUAUCAGUUGAGACAAGUUCUGACUGCCAGUCCUCCCCCAGGGGGGCACACUGAGAGACGUUCCUCAGCCCCGGCGGAGAACCGAGUGGUCGGGCCUCGAGAUUCGAAAAUCUGCCUCUGGAGCCAUCCAGACGUGGGCCCAAAAUGGUUCAAAGAGUUAUUUAUGGAAGACCAGGACAUCCGGAUCAGAUUCCCUAUAUUGAAACCUGGAUCGACGUCCUCGCUGACCGCCCCAAAUGGCUUAAAAAUUGCUCACCACCUAAACUGGCCCUCUGCCUCCAGUCCACGGCCCUCUGCCCCUAGCCCAGGGCCCUCUGCCUCCAACCCAGGGCCCUCUGCCCCUAGCCCAGGGCCCUCUGCCUCUAGCUCAGUGCCCUCUGCCCCUAGCCCAAGGCCUUCACCUCCCAGUCCAGGACCCUUCAUUCUUAGCCUGGGGCCCACUGCCUCCAGCUUGGGGCCCCCUACCCUAAGUACAGUAGGAUCCCUCGUUCCCACUCCAGAUUCUACCACGCCCCUGACAACUCUCUCCAGCCCCCCCCACACCCGUUCCGGGAAUUCAUACGGACCGCAUAGUCAGGUCCUUGUCCCCACUCAAUUACCCCUGAGACAAGUCAUUCAAGGCCCACCUGAAAACCCAAUACCCUCUAUGGUCUAUGUUCCUUUUUCCACCAGCGACCUGUACAUCUGGAAAAAUCAAAACCCCUCUUUCUCUCAAAACCCCCAAGGACUAAUCUCUUUGUUAGAAUCCAUUUUCCUAACCCAUCAGCCCACAUGGGACGACUGUCAACAACUGCUGCAGACCCUUUUCAUGUCAGAGGAGAGAGAAAGAAUCUGUGCCCAGGGACGGAAACUAGUUGUGGGGCCAGACGGUCUGCCAACCAUGGAGGUAGACCACCUCGAGGCUGUUUUUCCCUUCACCCGAGCCCAGUGGGACCCUAACACUGACCAAGUGGACACUGGGGUGACUUUCUCUGUACUCCAAGAAGCAGAAGGCCCUUUAUCGCAAAAACGGACCCCGAUCCAGGGGGCCACUGGAGGAAUCAAGUCCUAUCCGUGGACACAGGCUCGAAUAAGUAACUUAGGGGAGAAAACCAUUACUCACUCUUUCUUAGUUAUGCCUGAAUGCCCCUACCCUCUAGUUGGCCGCGACUUGCUCCACAAAUUGUGAGCAACCAUUUCCUCCCGAGACGAAGGGCCAGAAGUAAACUUCCCAAUGCAGCCGAGUUCCAUCUUAAUUACCUGCCCUCUGUCCAAAGAGUACCUCCUCCUAGCCAGGGAGGAUACUAAUAAACAAAAUGCUGAACUCUUAGUGAAAUGGCAAAAAGAAAUACCGGAGGUGUGGGCAGAGACGAACCCCCCGGGGCUGGCUGGCCACCAACCCCCCAUCAUUGUUCACCUCCUAAGCAGUGCCAUACCUGUCCGGGUCCGGCAGUACCCAAUAAGCUACCGAGCUAAGAAAGGAAUAGCUGUCCACAUUAGGAGACUAAGGGAAGCGGGGAUCCUUGUGCCCUACAAGUCCCCUUGGAACACCCCGCUUCUACCUGUCCAGAAACCAGGGACUGAGGACUUCAGGCCAGUACAAGACCUAUGAGAGGUCAACAAAAGGGUCAAAACCAUCCAUCCAAUGGUCCCUAACCCAUAUACCCUGCUCAGCCUACUCCCCCCCGAUCGAAAAGUGUAUACCGUACUAGACUUAAAGGAUGCUUUCUUCUCACUACCCCUGGCCCCCGUCAGCCAGCCCCUCUUCACCUUUGAGUGGACAGACCCUGAAGUAGGGGAUUCAGGACAAUUAACUUGGACUAGACUGCCCCAGGGUUUUAAAAACUCCCCUACUGUUUUUGACGAGGCCCUAAGCCGGGACCUACUAGAAUUCCGAGAAAAACACCCCAAAGUUACUGUCCUCCAGUAUGUGGAUGACAUCCUCCUUGUGGCAGAAUCUCCCAAAGAGUGCCAGAAAGCAACAGAGGAGUUGUUGAAAAACCUCGGGCUGUUAGGAUACCGGGUGUCAGCAAAAAAGGCACAGCUUUGUGUUUCACAAGCCUCUUAUCUUGGGUAUAAUAUAAUUGAAGGAAAGAGAACAUUGUCUGAUAAACGUAUUCAAGCCAUUCUCCAAAUUCCAGCACCCCAGACAAAGCGACAAGUCCAGGAGUUUCUAGGGGCGGUUGGGUAUUGCUGGCUAUGGAUACUUGGGUUUGCCGAAAUAGCCCGCCCUCUUUAUGCCAGUACUGGGGGGAAGGGCGCAGAACUAACUUGGAGGGAGGAAAGGGCUUUCCAGACUCUAAAAAAGGCACUUACCCGAGCUCCAGCCUUAGCACUCCCAGAUCUCAGAAAACCAUUCCAGCUGCAGGUAGCCGAGGCACAAGGGAUAGCAAAGGGAGUGUUAACACAGCACUUAGGGCCAUGGAAACGGGUUGUGGCUUAUCUUUCAAAGCGCCUCGAUUGGGUUGCUGCAGGUUGGCCUAACUGCCUCCGGGCCAUUGCAGCCACCGCCCUGCUAGUUAAAGAAGCCUCUAAGCUCACCUUUGGGCAAGAACUGCAAAUCAUCGCCCCCCAUGCAGUCGAAACCCUCCUCAAAACCCCCCUGGACAGGUGGCUCUCUAACGCAAGAAUUACUCAAUACCAAGUUCUUCUCCUUGAUCCAUCCAGAAUAAAGUUUCUUCAAACCUCAGCUUUAAACCCAGCUACUUUGCUGCCAGAGAAUAAUCCCAGCCAACCCAUUCAUAACUGUGUCAAAACCUUAGCAGCAACCACCAACCUGUGUGAAGACGUAACUGACCUGCUACUUCAAGACCCAGGUGAAACUCUCUAUACUGACGGGAGCAGUUUCAUUCAAGACGGGAUUAGGGUCGCUGGAGUGGCAGUAGUAACGGCCCCUAAGGUAAUAUGGGCCCAAGCCCUAAACCAUGGGAUGUCUGCACAAAAAGCUGAGCUAAUAGCCCUCACCCAGGCUCUCCGAUGGGCCAAGGAAAAGGCGGUGAACAUCUACACAGACAGCCGAUAUGCGUUCGCCACCACACACGUGCAUGGGGCCAUCUAUCAGGAAUGCGGCCUCCUAACCAGCAGGGGAAAAGACAUUAAAAAUGCCUCAGAAAUACUAGAGCUUUUAACAGCCCUUUGGCUUCCCAAAGCAGUAGCCAUAAUCCACUGCAGAGGACAUCAAACUUCAAAUACACCCGAAGCAAAGGGAAAUGCUUUUGUAGACCAGACAGCCAAAGAAGUGGCCCUAAAACCAGUGGGACCCCUCCAAGUGUUGCCCCUCCUACCACCCCGGGUACUAAAAGCUGUUCCAACUUACUCAGACUCUGACAUUUGUCUAGGUCAAGGACUUCAAGCUAGAGAAGAUCCAGAGGGGUGGAAAGUCUUCCCCAACUCUAGAAUCCUCCUACCAGAGGCACUGGGAAGAGACUUAAUUUUAAAAAUGCAUCAGAGUACACACCUGGGAGGGACAAAAUUAGCUGAAUUGCUAAAAACUGACUUCUACAUACCUAAGCUUUUUCAGGUAGCAAAGGAGGUAAGCAGAAGAUGUCACGUCUGCGCCCAAGUUAACCCAAGCCAUGUAAGUACCCCUGCUACCCCCGGCCACCGCCUAAGAGGUCAGCUCCCAGGAGAGCAAUGGGAAAUAGACUUUACAGAACUGCCUCCUGGACCAGGGGGAUAUAAGUACUUACUUGUGCUGGUGGACAUCUUCUCGGGAUGGGUUGAGGCCUACCCAACUCGGUCAGAGUCAGCUCAGGUAGUAGCUAAGAAAUUAUUGGCUGAAAUUGUCCCUCGGUUUGGCCUACCAGUAGCAAUGGGGUCUGACAAUGGUCUGACUUUUAUAGCCCAAGUUACCCAAAACUUGGUAAAAGCAUUAGGAAUCAAAUGGAAGCUACACUGCGUCUACAGACCGCAAAGCUCAGGACAGGUAGAAAGAAUGAAUCGGACACUUAAGGAAACCCUCACCAAACUUAAAUUAGAGACUGGCGGAAACUGGGUGAGCCUCCUUCUGUUUGCCUUACUUAAAGCUAGGUGUACCCCUUAUGUAAAAGGUAUUACUCCAUAUGAAGCCAUGUUCAGCAGGCCACCCCCGCUCCUCCAAGUUAGGGGAGGAGCAGCUUGCCUCCCUAACUCUGAACUUCUCAAGUCCUUACAGGCUUUACACUACAACUCCAAAAACAUCCAUCACGUCAUCCGCGCCCACCACCCGAAACCUGACACCGUGGAAGGAGAAAUCCCUACUGCUGAACCUGGUGAUUUAGUGUGGAUCAGAAAAAGGAAUCCCUCCUCCCUCGAGGCACGCUGGGCUGGGCCUUAUCAGGUAAUUCUAAGUACACCGACUGCCGUGAAAGUCACAGCUGCAGCGACAUAUGCCAUUAUGCUGACUCUAGUAACAAUGCUAGCCGCCGAGAACCCCCAUCAAGCCACUAAUUAUAUGUGUCAGUUAACUCGCACCAUUGAUGGAACAGUGGUCAGCCAGAUUAGCACCCCGGCAGCCCUAAAUUUGUUUUUGACCUAUGUAAACUCUUUGGGAGAAUCUGGAAUCUACCAGAAGCUCUGA